AUGAAUUCCAAUAUAGGUCCACCUUCACCAUCCUACCCUGUGCCAUAUCCAAAUAUGAAUGGUCCGCCACCUAUGCCAUAUCCAAAUAUGAAUGGCCGACCUCCAAUGCCCUAUCCAAACAUGAAUCCUAUGUCUAUGAUGCAACAACCACGUGGAUACGGGCGUCCAAUUCGAAUUCGUCGUCGAUGUCAUUCACGUCCUACUAUUUGUAUCGUUAGAUCAGAUUCAUGUUCAUCAAUAUCAACUUGUGAAACAAUAACUCCAUGUUGUAAGCGUCGUUAUCGAUCAUGUUCACAUGCAAGCGAAUCUAGAGCUCCCCAACAACAACAACAAAUUAUUCUAGUACCAGUUAAAUGUCAACAACCACAGGCUAUUACAGGUACUGUUCAAAUGCAGCCACAACAAACUACUUUACCUACAAUACAAUUUCAAAACCAACAACAACCUUUUGCUUUGCCAACUAUUUUAAAUACAACUGCUGCUCCAAUGAUACUCAGUGGUAAUCAAUCAAUGCUUCAACCAACCUUCGCCAGAUCGCAAACAGUAACCUUUGGACAACCACAACAAAUUCAAGCUGGUUCAAUACAGUAUGUUCAAGCAGCACCAAGAUCGUCAUCAGAUCUACAAUUGAUAUCAAUGAAGCCAAAUACAUCAAUGGCUCCACAACGUGUUCUUGUUAAUAGUACGAAUAAAAACGAAGCGAACGUCAUCAAGACAAUUAGUUCAUCACAAAGUAAUAUGAAACAAGGACAGACUCGUUGA